AUGUACUUGUACAUUAUUGCAGAAGCGCAAAUCAGAGACAGGGGUGGAACCUGUCUAAAAUUAAUGAAAGUUCUAUCAAAUAUACUGACUACUCUUUCUGAAAUGGUUCACAUUUUUAUAUUUUAUCUUUGGUUUUCAGUUGGGUAAUACAGGAAAAUGCAGUGUCACCGUGCCAUUAAAGUCGUUAAGUUUCGUAGAUCACCAGGGAUGUUUAACGUUUCAAUGCGUUAUCUUCCGUGACACCAGUCUUGCGGGCAGAACAGCUGACACGGGAGCUUUUACUUUGUGUCAGGAUGGAUCCGAUUGCUAAAGGAAAAUUAGCCGUCGAGUCACUGAAAAGUUUUGUAAACAAUAGUUUGUCCAAUAAAGAACCCUGGCAGAUAGUGACAAUGACCACUGGAGCGGUAUUGGCAAGCGUCUGGUUUUUCGAUUUCAUCAACCAAGAUGAAAGCGUUCCAUCCCGUUUAAAGAAGACCGUGUUUCGAUUAGCAAGGAAAAUACCAGCAGUUGCCAGGAGAAUUGACAGUGAGAUGAGUAAUAUGAGAAAGACAUUCGAAGAUGAGGUCAGACAUCGCAAUGAGAAAAUUGACUACAUCACAAAUUUGCCAGAGAGUGGAAAAAACCGCGAGGAAAUACUCAAGCAAGUCAAUGCCUAUUUGGAACUAGGAGACUACGAUUGGAAAAAAGGAUAUGUUUCAGGAACAGUGUACUUUCAUAAUCCUGAACUUAUUGAAUUACUUACUGAAGUUUAUGGUCUUGCAUCCUAUACAAAUCCACUUCACCCUGAUGUUUUCCCCGGUGUCUGCAAAAUGGAAGCAGAGGUGGUUAGAAUAGCUGCAAAUCUCUUCCAUGGCUCCCCCUCUGCAUGUGGAACUAUGACUACAGGUGGAACUGAAUCUAUAUUGAUGGCAUGCAAAGCAUAUCGCGACUACGCAAAAUUUGAGAGGGGUAUCAAACAUCCAGAGAUUGUUUUGCCAAAAACAGCCCAUCCAGCAUUUGACAAGGCUGCAUUGUAUUUCGGCAUGAGAAUCAAACAUGUUCCUGUUGAUCCUGCCACCACCAAAGUCAAUAUAAGGGCAAUGAAGAAUUCUAUCAGUAAAAAUACAUGCAUGCUAGUUGGAUCAGUGCCAAACUUCCCCUAUGGAACUAUGGAUGACAUUGAGGCUAUAGCAGAAUUAGGAAGGAGAUACAACAUACCUGUACAUGUAGAUGCCUGCUUAGGAGGUUUUGUCAUUGUCUUCAUGCAAAAAGCAGGCUACAAAUUACCACCAUUUGAUUUUUCUGUUCCUGGAGUUACGAGUAUAUCAGCAGAUACACACAAGUAUGGAUUUGCACCAAAGGGAUCAUCAGUUGUUUUAUAUUCUGAACCAAAGUACCGCCACCAUCAGUUCACUGUUACCACUGAUUGGCCAGGUGGUGUAUACGGGUCUCCAUGUGUAAGUGGCUCCAGGGCAGGAGGUAUUAUAGCAGCUUGCUGGGCUACAAUGAUGUACUUUGGCUUAGAUGGUUAUGUUGAGGCAACAAAAAAAAUUGUAUCCACAACAAAGAAGAUUGAGGAAGGAUUGCGUAAAAUGAAAGGGAUAUUUGUUUUUGGAACUGCUGACACAUCAGUGGUAGCAAUUGGCUCCAAUGAUUUUCAUAUUUAUAGACUGUCAGAUGCAAUUACUAAACGUGGUUGGAAUAUUAAUGCACUCCAGUUUCCGCCUGGAAUGCAUCUCUGUGUAACGUACAUGCAUACUGCCGAGGGAGUUGCUGAGCGAUUCUUGUCAGACAUUCAGGAAGAACUAGAAAAAAUCCUGAAAGAACCUGUUAAAGAAGUUGGGGGAAAGUUUGCAGUUUAUGGAAUGUCACAAAGUGUUCCUGAUCGUUCCAUUGUGGGAGAUUUCACACGAUGUUUCCUGGACUCUAUGUACUACACACCUAGUCAACCUAAUGGUACAGCAAAUUCAAAGAGUGUUGUAUAGGUUUGUGUCUUACUUUCCACAAGAGACGAGAUUCUAACAGAAAAGAAAGAACAGAAAACUCAGUGACCUGAGGAUUUUAAUUUCGUGUUGUCUUCAUAUCUAGUGCUUGUUCAGUAUAUAUUAGCACCAAAGAAGUAUUAGUGUACCUACUAAAAUAUUGGAAAACAGUAUUCUAGGUGAGAAGCAAUUUUGUAAUUGUGAUUCUUGAAUAAUUUCAAAGUAAAAUAACAUGCUAAGGCUACAGAUAGAUGAAAAUUUUGAGUGCCUUUUGACAGAAAUAAAGCCACAGCUGAACUAUAUUUUAAGAAUGUUAUGUUGGUCUAUAUCUAUAUUUGUAACCAGUGUUAUUGUACAAUGGCUGUUUCUAUUCUCCUUCAAGUAUCUAUCCUUAAUAACAGAGAUAAGUGUGUGCCAUACAAUCUAAUAUUCACAAUAUGUACCACAUUUAUUAUAUUUUAUUAUUCCUGUAUUAUAUAUUUUAUAUACUAUAUGAAUAUAUGUAAGUUUUUCUAUUUUACAUAAGUGUUUCCAUUCUGUGGUUGCCAAUUGUGUACAGCAGAAUUAUACUGUUAUAAAAAAAAAAUUGUUAAAAUU